CUGAAAUCUGAGAUUAGGGAACAUUCUGGACCUAUUCAAAACAUAACCAUUCUACCAUCUCCUAAAAUAAGUGUCAUUUUUAGCACCACACGAAUCCCAAAAGCGACGCCAAUAUUCAAAAGGAUCGAUUUUGAUGAUCGAUUGGAGCAUCUCUGCGAUGACAAGAAACCGUCAUGGAAAUUAUGGCAGGAAAGCGUCAAGGAGUCCUAUCAUAAGGCAAAACGAUCAGUAGAACGGAGUAAAGAUGAAUCGCAAUUCCUUGAGUCGACAUUGUCCCGAACGAGAAAGAGCCGUGCUGAAAGUCCUUUCAGGCAUCUUGACACGGACACUGGAUUUAUUCCAAGCGUCAGAUCCCAAAGUAGUGUCUUUGCCCCGUCUUUAGCAGAUCGAUCAAUGCUGGCAUCGACUUCUACCAGUGGCCGUAGCUAUGCAGCUGGCUCUGGUCCAUAUGCUGCACCGGCGCUGUCGUUUUCUCAAGGAAUGGAGUCACGAUAUGAGCAACGAGCUAACGACGUUGAAGCAAUGUUGCUGAAAACAGCACCGCUACCGACACGCAUGAAGAUUACCGCAAAGGAAUUUCGUAACGCUCCUGCUCCGUCAGCAGGAUCGGCAUCUGAACGUGACGACUACGAUUUUUCUGUGUACUGCCCCAAGCCGUACUACUCACGCCCCAACCGAGAUGAUCCGGAUUAUUUCGACUUCGAUUUACAACAUUCCGUAGACUUAUUCAAACGACCAGAAGGAAAGUACACUCCACGAGGACCGCAGGAAUGGGAGAAGAAAUUGCUUGGCGAGGUUAGCGCCAAGGGCUCAACCCCUGUAUCUGGUUAUAUGUUCACCAAGGUAUGA